AUGCUGGACUUUGGAAGGUUGGGUCUUGCCGCACAGCGAACCAUCCCGGCAAUCAUUUUCAAGAAAAACCGCCCUCUACCAACCACUCCAUCGACUUGUGCACGUAUGGACAUCAAGGAUGACAACGAUACGCCUCUCGUAUCAGCCUCUACCCGUCUCAUGGACGAAGACGAUCAACAAGACACAAUGUAUCAAUACCAGAUGCUGAACAAAGACAAUCGCGAGUUUCGACUGCUUGAGCUCUUACCCCUACCAGAGCCUUCAGCAUCACCUCUGAAAUGCAGGAUGAAGCACACCUCAACAAGUCGCGUCGGAGAGCUAGAAUACGAAGCCAUUUCCUACUUCUGGGGAGACCCAAGUCCCAGCAGUAUGGUUAUCGUUGAUGGCAAGAAGCUGCACUUACCUGUAAAUUCGGAGCAGGCUCUAAGACGAAUGGCCCUGCCAGAUGGAUCUAGGAUCGUCUUCUUGGAUGCCGUUUGCAUCAAUCAACACGACUUGGUCGAACGCGCCUCACAAGUUCUACUUAUGGGAGACGUCUAUCGAAAUGCGAAAGCUACUUUGGUUUAUCUCGGAGAUGAAGUUGAUAGUACGGCUGAGGCCUUUGAAAAUUUACGACUCUUGAAUCUGGAGUUUUGCGAAGACCUCCUGGAUAAAGGUGGAUACGAGCAAGUCAUGCGAACAGCUGUGAGAAUGAGACUGAGACCUAGGUCCGAAACUGCGUUGAACGAAGCAGCUUUGAUCGAGCUUUUCGGGCGUCCAUGGWUCAGAAGAGUAUGGGUUGUCCAAGAAAUUGCCCUCGCCACUAAAUCAAGGCUCAUCUGUGGUGCUGAAGAGAUGGACAUGUCGAUUGUCGUUGAAAUUUCUCGCUGGCUUUCCCUGAACCACCAUAUACCCUUCUCACUGGGCGAGGCGAUCUUACCAGUUGCUUCAUUCUGGUCUGCGAGCCACCUGCUCACUCACCACCGCGGCACAAGAAUCACGGCGAUUUUGAGAAACGCUGAGCUCUGGCAAGCUACUGAUCCCAGGGACAAAGUAUUUGGUAUGCUUGGGCUGUUGGAGAAGAAAGACGCCGAGAGCAAAUUGCUAGCCCCUGACUACACCAAGCCGGUCUUUCAUGUGUUCCGGGAUGCUGUCAAAUACUGCAUCGCCAAUGCUUCCCAAAGACCACUUCGGAUCUUGAACGAUAUCUCACAUCGUGGGGACAGAAAGUUUUUGGACUGUGAGUUCCCAUCUUGGGUCCCUCGACUCGAUCGUGUAUAUGACAGCGACUACGAUCCCGGGAGGCUUCACACGAGGAAUGAGCACAGCACUUUCGGUGAUUGGAAAUACGUGAGUACCACAGUCAAUCUACUCAGCGACGAACCAGACAUCUUGAUCUUGUCGGGCAUGGGAAUGUGCACCAUUUCGGGAGUCUCACACACAUACAUCCCACCCGCAAGAUUCCAAGGUGCUACCCAGUACUGCACCGCAUCAUACCGGGUCAAAGACCUUCCCAAGAUCUUCCAGAGUCGGGGUCUUUCCCCUGCAGCGGUUGCUCGAACGCUAGUCGCCGACGACCACCGUAUACUCUCGGAAAAAUACAAAGACCAUCUGGAUGGACUGGGAAAGUUCAUGCAUCACUUUGGAGAUCCAUCAGUCAUUACACCCGACGAGAUUGAGAAGACUCACGCCCGCUCACCGGUCAGACAUGCCCAAUACUACAGUACCGCCAUGGCUAGGGUUUCCAUUCAUCGGAGAUAUGCCAUUAUGAGUAAUGGGACUAUUGGUUUGGUUCCUCAGCUGACGGAACCCUCGGAUGUAGUGGUUAUGAUGCAUGGUGGUCAAUUUCCAUUUGUGCUUCGUCCUUGUGGCGGUGACGGUGGCAGCGGCGAGGACUUCUUCUUUCUUGGAACGUGCUACGUGGAUGGCUGGAUGGCAGAGCAGGAGCAUGCUGAGGAAUUGCAUCACCUUAUGCUAGAUACGAAACCUGUGACUUAUAGGUUACGAUGA